AUGGAUCUCGAAGGUUUUAAGGAGUUUCCAUGGGGAAGAAUUGCUUUUCAGCAUUUGAUCAAGUCUGUUAAGGAGAAAGAUCUCAGCAAAAACAUUCAUAUAGAAGGAUUUGUGCAAGCUCUUCAAGUGUGGGUGUACUAUGCUCUACCGGAUUUUGCUGCUGAAUUUGGCGAACCAUUGCCAAAUGUUACUAAAGAACCUCUUUUGCUGGCUUACAAAGGAUCAAGAGGACGAAAGAACGUCAAAGCCAACAUGCUAAAACAGUGCUGCGUGGCUAAGGACUUGGCAGAUAUGUUUCCCGUGUGGGAUGAUGACAAACAGGAUCCAGAUAUUGUCAAGAUUGUCAAUGCACUCCAUCACCCCAAUUUCAAGUUCUCAAAAAACCAUUGGCCUUUGGAAGGUGUUUUGGGUGCACACAUCGUCAAGGCAGAAGCCGGAAAGAGGAGCCUUCCCUCAGAUGAAUCAAGUCGCAAGAGAUCCUGCACAGCCUCUACUUCUGCCGCAUCAUUCGUUGGUGAUGAAGGGGUCGGAGUUCUCGCUACUAUGAAAGCGCACUUCGACCUAUGCUUCAAAAGCUUUUCAAUCAAGAUGCUGAAUGGUCUUGGUAGCUGUGAAAAGCAUAUCAAACGUCUCACCGAGAAGGUUGAAUCUGUAGAGCAUGCGGUAGAAGAGUUGACUACAGGGUCGGCGAAGCACACUGAGGAAGAGGUUAAAUACAAUGUAGAGCCAACCCAGCAGCCAGCACUGGAUCCAAGAAGCAUGAAGGGCAUUGGUGUACUCAUUUGUAUAUUCAUGCCUGUUUCUGAAAAUAAACUGCAGAGUAAUUCAGAUAAAGAUGAUGCUCCGAUGAAAGAUAAUGUCAACGUUGGUGCGUGUGAGAGUGUUAACGCCCCCGGGGAUGCAAAAGGAAAGAAGGCUGCCGUGAAGGAAGAAGAGGCCCCAGAGAUGAAGGAAGAAGAUGCCCCAAAGCCUAGUUUUUGUGAAAUUGACCCAAAGACGUGUGAUGUUGACUUCGACGCGGUUGCACUAGCCAAAAAUGCCAAAGCCAGAGAAGCGGCUCAGAUAGUUGCCCGAGCAACGAGUGCGAGACACCGCCAGCUGGCUGCGACACAGAAGAGUUCGUUCUUAGGAAACAACACCGCAAAGGCCAUCAUUCCAUCGUCGGCAUCUCACUCCGGCCGUGUCCGUGGAUAUGAUCCUUUUGAUCAAACCGGUGUCAAGGCGAAGCAUAUCACUCUAAUGAACUUUAUCAAAUCAAACCCUGCCUAUCCAAAACGCUCAAGACACUCUUCGAUCGAGUGGUAUUACAUUCUCCAGACACCGACGAAAUGGCUAGCUGAUACGCACAUGGAAGCUUACAUUAACCUACUCAGGCUGCGAUUAUCCAAGCAUCCAGAGUGGUGUGACUACAAAGACUUCAAAACCUCUGACCCGAAUGCAGAUGGGUCUGGCAAACUUCUACCGCCUGGAGCAUAUUUGUACUACACUGGCGAAUUACCUAUCUACUGCCAGACUAAGAAGACGUGGGCAUAUUAUGUCGACUAUUUGUACUCCAUGUUGCACAUUAGGGAGGACCAUUGGGUAGCUAUAUGGGUCUCAUUUGUGUCGAGGCAUAUCACGAUAUGGGAUAGCCAUGCGAGAACCAAAUAUGCAUCUGACGAACAAAUUGCCGAAGCUGUGGAGCCUCUUGCGGUUAUGAUACCCUACCUUCUUCAGACCUGUGCACCUGACGAUGACAAGUGGAGAUACACGCCGUUCACCCAUUCGCGAGUACCAUGUACGGAGAUACCUCAAAACAUUCAGAGUGGUGAUUGCGGAGUGUACUGCCUGAAGGAGAAAAUGGCUGCAGAGCUCUUUGACGAAACAGGUUGUAGGGGCCAUGAUAAGCUAGAUGCAACCAGGCUGGAUGUCUAUGAUAAGAAAGCUUAG